CCGCCUCCCCUAGUUUUAUUUCCUCUCUCUCUCUCUCUCUCUUUAAUCAUAUUCAUCCUAGGCAGGCACUUUCUUUCUAAGCUGUACUUUGUUUUGUAGCAGUAAACUAAUACUUGAAAAAAAGUGUUUUUCAAAGUUAGUAUGUGGAACAUAACCGAGUCAGCACUCCCAUGCUGCUCUUGGUAACAACAGUACGCAACAGAAACAAAGUCCAACAGAACACAAACCAGACAGAGAGUAAACAAAAGGGUUUGAGUUUUUCAUUUGUUGGUUUGGUUUAGAUUCCUCCAAGGGUUCUGGUAACCAAACCAUGCUGUUGCUUUCCGGUGAUCCACCUUCCAAGUGGGUCAUUAAAGUUGCAAACUUGACACACUUUUGAGGGAAAAGAGCACAUUGUGGCUGUUUGAAUCACAAGGAUGUAUAAGAACCAGCUGCAAGAGCUAGCUCAAAGAAGCUGCUUCAACUUACCAGCUUAUGCGUGUAUUCGGGAGGGACCGGACCAUGCUCCUCGCUUUAAAGCCACUGUCAACUUCAACGGGGAAAUCUUUGAGAGCCCAACUUUUUGCAGUACCCUCAGACAAGCAGAGCAUGCAGCUGCUGAGGUUGCACUUAAUGUGCUUUCAAAGAAAGGUCCUUCUAAAGCAUUGGCUGCAAGAGUAUUGGAUGAAACUGGAGUUUACAAGAAUCUGCUUCAGGAAACAGCUCAUAGAGCUGGAUUAAAACUUCCAGUUUAUACAACUGUUCGAUCUGGACCAGGCCAUGUCCCUGUUUUCUCUUGUACUGUGGAGCUUGCUGGAAUGAGCUUCACUGGGGAGACUGCUAAAACCAAGAAGCAAGCUCAAAAAAAUGCAGCAAUGACUGCUUGGAGUACUCUGAAAAAGUUGUCAAAGUCAGGUGCUUCACCCCCUUCUCCUCCAUCAGAAUCUGGGAGUAAUGAUGAGCAGGAACAGCUAACUGUUGCCUGUUAUCUUGCCUCCCUCAAACCACCAGAGACAAACAAGUCAUCACGGAGAUUCCAGCAUCAUGGACAAGGUUCAGCUCCCAUCCAGAGGGACGUAAGCCAAUAUGGUGGUAAUAGAUCAUUGUUUUCCUUACAGCAUAGAAAUUGUGCGCGUUCUCAAAUCUCCCCAGAAGUAUCUAUGUACCAAGCAUGGCUUGAAGAAAGAGCAUACCACAAUCAGAACCACCUCUUGGCGCUUUCUUCUCUACCUACCUCUCCACAUAGGCCUCAGAUAGUUCCAUAUAUUCAUUCUGUAUUCCAACCAGAUCAUAGACAGUAUUUCCUAUCACAGGAGCCAGACCCCAUUUCCCUUGUUCCAGGAAUCAGCCCAGUUCUAUACUUUUCAAUGCAUCCAGUGCCUGUCCCAGUUAAGAGUAUAUCCCAAGUCACGAUACAAGAGAUAGAGGAAAAACCGCAAGUGGAAGAGGAGUGGUUUAGUGGUGAUAGGGAUUCCAAUCACUGGGAAAAAAAUUAUCUAUCAGUUGCAUCAACGCCUUCUCCAAAUACUGCUAUAAAUAUUUUGGGUUCUCUCAAUAGUUACUCUGAGCAAAGACUUCUGGAGAGGCUGGAGGGGAAGGAUGAAGAGAGGAGUGGCAGGACAAUGCCAAACGCUGGAUGCUCAAAUCAACUAGAAAGUAACCAAAUUGAACAAUAUUGGGUUUCCUCUGCGUUCACAGAUUCCGGGCUUAGACCACAGGCAACAAGCACAGAUAAGCCAAACUUGCCAUUACGAAAUCCACAUGCCUUAGACUACUUGCAAUCUAAUGCUAGGCCCCAAGAUUUCCCUGUUGUUAGUUCUGCAACUUCAACAAGGGGUUGUUUACCAGGAUCAUUUGCAGCCCCUGUGAUGGUCAGAACAGCUGGUACUUCAUGUCCUGUUACUCUCAGACCUGAAAAUUUAAACCCUCGUAUGCCUACUCCACCACCAAGAAGAAUUACUGCUUCUACAUGUUCCAGAAGGCCCUGGCUGGAAGGUAUGAAGAAUGCUGCAGUGAUGCCGUCAGCUAGUUUCAUUGCACCAGCAGUUCAUAUUAGAUCAGUUGUGCCAGUCUGUUCAGCUCCUUCUGCCAAAAAAACUCCUGGUCCCAUCCAAGAGAGAUUGUUUCCUGGUGUUUAGUCGAAAAAAGUUGAACCAACAGGAGAAAUUUCGGCUCAAAGUAUGGAUUAUGGAAAACUUCGUAUGUGAGCAGUGCUAGUUUUUCUUCUUUUCUUUUUGUGCAUCCUUUAGUUACAGGCAAUUGCUGAGAGAAUUUUACAAGUCAAAUCGGUAUAAUAUAUAAAGAAAAGAAACGAAAUAAAAGAAUCACAGAAAUAAAAGGGCUCUAUUUUUUGUUACUUCUGCCGAAGUAAACUCAGCUGUCUUCUGACAUUAAGGAGAAACUACUGCUUGCAUGAAACUUAACAGA